AGAAGUGUUUAGAUCUCAGUCGUGGUUAUUUUUAUUCGCUGAGGACAUCGGGCCUGCUGACAGAUGCACCAUCGCCACCCUCUGGCUGAAUUUGAUGGAAAGGUUGACAGUGACUGCAGAAAGACAACGUGAUCCCCUCUAACUGUUCUUCACCUCAGUCUGUCUUCUCAUUUUGAAGUAGUACUAGCUGUCAAACACGACAUAAAACUCUGAAUUAUGAGAAGCGAAAGCGCGUUUGUGGCACGAAAUGGACAUUUUUUUGUCAUGUGGUUUGUGGGAAAACCCGUAUUGGAUCUCUGCGGUCACCUGGGCAAAAAGUGCCGCCGAGGAGCUGAUUGUCAGCGUAUGCCUGUUAGAUAAAUACGGUACAGAUGAAUAUGAUUGCCUGGAAGAAAUAUAUAACACUGAUUCAAACGCUCAAGGCAAAUAAUCCAUCCAUAUGCGAGAUGAAAUGCAGAAAUAAACCGAGAACAGACGCGAUCAUCCGUUUCUAACCACCAAACUCUUUGCAUCCGAGGAGUCGUGUGAACACUAGGUUACACUCUCUGAAAUCUUACAAAGGCAAAGCAACCAUUUCAGUAAUUAAAAAAAACAUUAACUUCAUCUAUAACAAAACGUACUAAUAGUCCACUCCAUAUCUUAUUGAGCGCAUGUCGCAGCCCGCAGCUUAGCGCGGAUAAACAGCAGCUGUGCGCAGCAGAGCAACAAAAAGGAAACCAAGGACAAAAAGAUUUCCAACUAACUAUUCUAAAGGAAAUACUCUUAUAUCCGUGCAUCCAGCAGCUGAUCUAAAAGACUUUAACGAUCUUGACCCCCCCGACCGGAGCACCACCAUCUCUUGUGAAGCUGCGUAAAAAGCCGGAGUGUUUGGGGUUUUUUUUGUUGUUUUCCGCACAGACGCAGACGGCUCCGUCCUGCUCAGCAGCGGCCUCCAUUUUAGCUCCUUGCCCGGUCGGUGCCUCACGUGUCCUGGACUGUCUUCCUCACAUGACCCGUGUGUUUGUCCCCGUGAUCAGCGCUUCCAUCUCCGUAAAUCAGUGUCGUUGAAUAUCGGCGUUUUACACCCGCAAAACCUUCAUGGAUAUGCUGGAGCAGAGUCUGGACAGCUCGGCGAGUCACGACAAACAGGAAACCGAAGAGGUGGUGCAGCUACAGGAAGGAGAGGGGGUGGGGACGGAGGAGCAGACUGCAGUGACCAUCACCGGUGUCCCGCAGGCUGCGUUCGCUGACCACAAUGUGCAGUACCAGUUCCGCACAGAGAACAGUGGAGGACAGGUGACUUAUCGUGUGGUUCAGGUGACAGACGAUCAAUUAGAAGCAACAGCUGACGGGACUGGAGCUGUCAGCGUCGUCUCUACUGCAGCGUUUGCUGGAGCCCCUCAGGCAGUGGCACAGGCUGUUAUCCAGAACCCUUUCAGCAACGGGGGCAGUCCUGGCGGGGAAACGGUGGGAGGGGAGACACGUUUCGCUUAUUUCCCUGCCGCCACCGUCAGCGAUGGAACCGCCACGGCCGUGUCGGUGCAGGCCACCGCCGACCCGAUCACACAGGCAGGAGGUCAGUUUUACGUGAUGAUGAGCCCCCCUGAGGUUCUGCAGACGACGGCCCCUCGUACCAUUGCACCACGCACACACACCUACACUGCAGACCUUGGUGAAAGCGAGAUGUUGCAGCAUGGCAGUACAAACUGGAAGGUGGAGGGUCCACGGGCGCCCAGAGAUGAGAGGCGAAGAGCACAGCACAAUGAAGUGGAGAGGAGAAGAAGAGACAAGAUUAACAACUGGAUUGUCACACUUUCAAAAAUCAUCCCUGACUGCAGCGUAGACAGCAGAACUGGAGCGAGUAAAGGCGGCAUCCUGUCCAAAGCUUGCGACUACAUCCGAGAGCUGCGUCAGAGUAACCAGCGACUACAGGAGAGUUACAAAGAGGUGGAGCGAGUCGAGAUGGACAACGACCUGCUUAGACAACAGAUUGAGGAACUGAAGAAUGAUAAUGCACUGCUUCGAGCACAACUACAGCAGCACGGCGUAGAAGUCAAUGGAGAUGCAACACCACAGUGAUUGUGGACUGGACACAUGUAACAUCACAAACACAAUGUCGCAUCCUCCCACCCACCUGAACAAUACCAGGAAAGGAUUAACAUGAGAGACAAUUUCCAUGUGAAAUUGGACAACAAAAACACGCGCAGGGCUCGAGAAGAACACUCAAGGACUGCAAAGUGAAAACACCUCCUCCACCUCCAGCUGUCCAAAGGCUGAACGCUCUGAAAUCCGUUAACUGUGUAGCAAACUGAACCUCUCACCUCUGCUUCAAGGAAAACGACCUCUGCACAGCACCACCACGCUUGCACCAAACUUUCUUUUUACUUUAAAUUAUGAACCUGCCGCAUAAAAUUUACUUUUAAUUAUUUCACCUUUUUAUCAUACCACAAACUCCUACUUGUUCCUUUUUUGUUGACAUUUGCUGUGUUUGAAACUACUAAAUGUGACAUGAAUGAUAGCUCCCAUUUACUUUUAAUUUAUUAGUCUUUAAGGAAUGUGUACACAGAAAGAAAAGCUGAUCUCUGAAUUUACUCUUUCCCCAGCAACAAACAAAUAAUGGGCAAAUCAGA